AUAAAGAGAUUGAUGAAUUUAUUUAUCCUAUGUACUUCAAUGGUUAGGUUGAACACAUAUCUGUAGCCUAAUCUGCUCUGUGAUGCAGAUUUUGACUCUAUUUUUGGAUUAUGCCUCAAGUGAUUUUUUAGCAUAAAAAUUAUUUAUAUUCAAAUUUAAACAUAUCAAGUUCAGUUUUAACUCAUACCAGACCUUAUGAAGUUCACUUUGGUAAAUAAUUUCUGCUAUCACUAUGACUUUCGUUGUUUCAUGUUGUGUUUGUGUAUGUACACACACACACACACAUCUUUCUUAUUAUAUAAAUGGAAAAUAGAUGCACUUUUUCCAUCCAUAUUUUUGUAAACCAUGCUUAGAAAGUUGUACCUUUAGUUAUUCAGCCAAAAAUGUCCUUACUGUUUAAACUUGCAUCAUUCUUAUAAGCCAAGUUGUGCUGGCGUUUAGAACUAUACUCCGCAAGAAGUUGCGAACUGCCUGAGUUUUCAUGCUAUACUAACAUUUACUCUGUAAUUUCCUCAAUAAAAAAUAUUUACUUUGUAAUAACUAAUAAGUGUUUGAUAGGCGCAUAUUCAAGCCAUUUCCGACUAAAACUCCAAGCCGCUGACUCGCAUGUUGCCAUCCAUGUUACGAGUCGCUUCCACAAUCGGUUCUCAAAGCAUGCACUUCACUGAGGAGGAAUUGGAGAGCAUAGUUAAUAGCAAUAGGAGCAUCUGUUCUAUUCUUCUCCACACUGUCCAUCAUCUCCCUUAUUGCAGCAGUUUUUGUUUUGGAAGAUGUGGGACAAGUUUGAAGCAAGGGAGAUGUCACAGAUACACGUGUUAAAGACUGGAUAGGGAGAUGACUCAUGCUAGGGUUGCAAGAUUUGAGGUUUGGUGUUGUGGUUUAAUUUGUAAAUGCUUUUUGGGUUUUGAAUAAUAUACUGUUUUUUGGUUUUAUUUAUUUUAAUGUUCAUUGUUUUUUUGGAACUGAAUUAUGAAAAAAAGAGUCUUGAUUCUUCAUAUUGAUAUGAUGCAGCAAAUUACCAAAUGCAGUAUUUUUUAUGUAUUGGUAUUAGCAGGUAAAAAAAAUGAAAUUAAGCAACCUAGCAUUUGAGAAUUUUCGAAGCAACUUGUGAUGUCAAAGAAACGGGGAAAGGCAUCCGCAGAACUGUUUGCAAGUCAUAUCGACUGGUAGAAGGAAGAAGAGCUCAAUUAGAUCAUCACAGGUAGCUAAUUCUUCAGGAAGGCAUUGCAUUUGCCUGCUUAAUGUUUUAUUUUUUCCUUCAAAUAUUUUAUUCCAUUUCAAAUUUUCCUUUGUUUUCUUUCCCGGGCAAUUUUUGAAUUCACAAUAGUAACGUAUGAGAAUAAUCAACUCCCAACUUGAUGCAUGGUCUAUAAUGAUAAUUUUUUUUUGAAAAACGGUAUUAUAGAAAGAGGCAAACAAAUAACCAUGUCUAAACAGAUUAGAUCUUUCAAUAACUCACCCCAAGUUUGAGUCUUUUCUCGUUUUUAUAAAAUGAAAACAAAAUAGAGUUGUCAACAAGCUACCACACAUGCUAAUUUGGUGAUUGUUUUACGUUUCUUUUUAAUCUCAUAUCAUGUUGUCCAAUGUGUUUUUUUAAUCUUGGAAAGGAAAGCAAUUAGCUGGAGCACUCUUGUACUUACAAAGGUAAAAUAAAGAAAAGUAGUGUACACUUAGUAUUAAAAAAACAGCGUGUACAAGCAAAUUGGCCCCAUUUUGUUGUUUUAUGUGUCUUUAAUUUACUUUUAAUUGUAAUCAAUAUACAUCUUGUGU